GGUGUAAGGUUGGCUUGAAUCCAUAUGGCUUGUACCACGAAAAAUAGAUCAGACCGAGAUAGACAAUUUCGAAGUUUACAGCAUGGAUUCAGAAAUCUUAAACAUAAGACCAGAGAAAAUAACUUAACACCUGAAAAUGCCGAGCCGAUCGUCAAAGAAUUAAAGACAGAGUUGGGAAAUCUCCUACAGGAGGAUGGAAGUAAGGAACGUGGGCAGAGAAUUUUUGAUUUUGAAUUGUUUGAUAAAGAAAAACAUCAGAGCAAGUUGAUUGAAACGAUUAACAGCCUUGAAAGUCAGUUGAAUGGAGUUGAAAGUGAACUUGGUCAGAUGAAGAACGUUGAAAAAGAAGAUAAAAAAUACAUCGCCACCUUAGAUUCGCAACUGAAACAGAAGGAUAGAGAUAUGUCUGAUUUAAAGGAUAAAAUAAAACAACGUGAAAGUGAUUAUAAGAGAAUUGAAAAAGAAGAUAAGGACUACAUCAAUUCCUUACUAUCGCAACUCAGUCAGAGGGAUGAAGCUAUUUCUGAAUUAAAGGAUGAAGAGAAAAGGCUGGAAGAAAAAAUAACACAGUUGGUUGAAAUAAACGAUUCAGACAGAAAACGCUGUGAAGAAUUAAAAGGGGAACUGAAUACGCUUGAGAAAGAAAUUACAAGAAAAGACGAAACCAUUGAUGAUUUACAAAAAGGAAAUAGGGGACUGAUAGCGAAAAGAGAAGAGUUGUCUGCAGAAAUAGAAACCAUGAAAUCCAUUGAAAAGAGACUGGAAAAAGAAAAGAAAGAACUACAGCAUCAUGUAAAAAAAAUGACAGAUGAAAACAAGAGACAGGAAGAGGAAUUUGCAAGAGCUUAUGAAAACCUAAAUCAUCAGAUCACCCAUUUAAGUAGAAGUCUUGAGGAACAGAGGAGAACCAUCGACAAACUGCAGAAAAAUUUGUCAGAAGAGAAAAAAGCAAAGGAAAAUGCCUUGAAUAGACUUAGUGCCGCAGCAGCCAAUAGACUAAGAGACCAGAAUCCUGGAAUAACAGACCUUAGUGAUCCGAACCGUCCCCUGAAAUUGGCUGAGAAGGUGUCAGAGCUGUAUGACAACGAAUGGACAAACGCUAUGGAAAAUUUAGAGUCUGAGCUGGAUAUUGAAGAGGAAAAGGGGAUUAAAAUUUUAUUAAAAAUUAUUAGAGAGGUUUUUGACGCGUGCACUGAGUUUGGAGACAGUCACCUUCAGUCAUUCCCUGAUAUGCUGAUUUUACCUGCAUAUUUUGUACACAAAGAGAAAGACAGGAUGGUCAAUGUCAAGGACCUACCUUCUGAAAUGCUUAAACCAAUGAAAGAUUUUCGAAAAUCGCACGCAAAACAUGCAAUAAACCAUUUGCAAAAGUUCUUUGCCACUGAUGAGGGAAAGUCAAAACUGCAGAUAAAGAAAAAAGUAUUCAAAACCUGUGAAGAAUACAUUAAUAAGUGCAUAGAACUAUGCUGGAUGAUGCGAAUUCAAGAUCCACCAAUUUAUAUGGAAACAGAAUACCCGACAAAUUCAGAUUUUGACUCAAACAAAAUGCGAUCGUACACAAAAGCAGGAAAAUUCAUACAUUUUGUUGUAUGGCCUACCUUCUUCCUGCAUAAGGAUGGUCCACUAUUGGCAAAAGGGGUAGUGCAAGGGAGCAAAAUAGAAAUAAAAGAUGGAAAAGAAAUCAGUAGCGAUGAAGAAUGCAGUUCAUCAAACGCUGACUCUGACGUUGAAGAAUUUACUGAUGCCCGCUCACGAACCGAUUCACAGCCGGGAGAUAAUCUUAAGAAAACCACCUCUCAGGAUGAAGUCAGAGAUAUACCAGAACCAAAUCAGCUAGGAAAUAAAGAAAUCUCGCAGGAAGGAGAUCACGGAGAUGGAGCAUCAGACGAUGGUACGAAUGACACAACAGGGGGGACAUAUGGCACCAUCGACAUUCCGGAGGAGCAAAAUAACACCGACGACAAACCAGGGGAACGAAACAACAUCGACAACAAACCUAAAGAAACAAAUAAUACUGACGACAAACCAGAAGCAAAUAACGAUACGCAUAUUAACCAAUCAAAACCGCCAGGAAGUGAAGCAAAUGAUGAAAAGAAAGCAGCUAAUUCAGACGACACGAAUGGAAAAGACGGAGGUGAAAGGGCUGCUGAGCAGAAAGACGAUGACGAAACACAGUCAUAGAAUGGAGUCAGAUGUAUCAGUGACUUACUACGCCGAAAUUAUACCUUGUAUCUUUGUACCUUAUACUUAAAGCAAAUAUUUUAUUUACCAAAGCAUAGCUUGUAUCUUCUUGAUUUAAUUUCGUUGUGAAUACUAAUUAACUGUUAAUUAGAAAUUAUUUGAGAAGUGAUUCCGAGACUGGUAACCAAAAAAUUAUUUUAUUCAAUUAAUUGACAAUCAACACGUUCUACUUAAUUGAAUAUUAGGUAUUUACCUUUGAGAUUUGACUCCCCAGUGAUUCAGAAUUACAAGUAUACAUGUAUUUCUUUGUGAAUUUAGCAUGCCAUUCCUUUUCUGUUGAUGGUUGUUUUAACUGUAUAUUGACUUCAUUAUUUUGCUUUUACGAUAUAUGUGAAAAUUCCAAUGCUAAGGUUGUAGUAUCUUGAAUAUUUGAAUACAAUUUUAUAAUCAUAUCAUUAUUAUAAAAAUAACUCUUUGUAUUUUAGAGAAUAAAGAGUAUAAUACUUUUGAAAUAAAGAGCAUUUGUA